UCAGUUAGCCUUUUAAUUUCUUUCUGAGAAAACCCUAGAAGCUGCCAAAACAGAAAGAAUACGCGAGAGUGAUGUUUGAGAAUCGAGCGGAGCAAUCCAGUUUCUUCUGAUAUCUCCCAGCCAUGGCGACUCUCCCAUUCUCUGACCUGAUUUAAGAAUUGACGACGCUGUUUCUGAGGAUUUCUCACCGCCCAUGCUCAAAUCGGUUCGCUUAACUGGGGAAUAGCUUUUGUUGAAGUAUCGAUAUGACUGAUAAGGUAGAUUCCGGCGAUAUCGCGACAGAGAAGAACCCUAAGGAGCUCGUUUUAACGAAAUUGGAGCCAUCUCUCGUCGUCCCGGAGUCGCCAGUAGAAGAACUUCCUCCGAAUUCUCGAGAGCCUUCAGAAACAAAGGAUAAGAGAGAUGAGGAAGGGAUUAGUACUUGGAUGAAGCACAAAGGAUGUCGAUGCAAGCAGUCCAAAUGUUUAAAGUUGUACUGCGAUUGCUUUGCAUCAGGACUAUUAUGUACCGACGACUGUGACUGUGCUGAUUGUCAUAACAACUCUGAAAACUUUGAUGCAAGAGAUACAGCUCUGAAGAGGGUACUAGCUCGCAACCCAAAUGCCUUUAAUGGAAAGUCUUUCAGCAGCCUCAUUGACAAGCAGUGUAAGGCUGAACCUGAUACUAAACUUGGACUGCUUUCGAGAGGCUGCAAAUGCAAAAGAACCAGGUGUUUGAAGAAAUACUGCGAAUGUUUUCAGGCUAAUGUUCUAUGCUCAGACAACUGUAAGUGUAUCAGCUGCAAAAAUGUCGGUGAAGCGUCCCAGCCUUCUGGUUUUGCCUUGGGACUAAACAACAGGAAGCUUCAGGAAGGAUUUGAUAAUCCAGAGAAGAAGAUUGUAUGUGAGAACAUUGUCAAUGAUAUAGGAAUCAUUUCUCCUAGUGGACACAGUGUCGGCUUUAACAGCCACAACACUGAGGGAGGUAUGAAUUAUGCACCUGCGUUUUCUGGUCACAAUUCCCCACAGGUAUACCAGAGAAGAAGACACCGAGAGCUACCUCAGCCGGAUUCUUGUCCAGCUCCGUUGUUUUUGCUACCUGAAAAUUCCAUUCAAAAUGCUCUGGGUUCCCCUAUGUCUAGCUCUCCCUCUCCUAAGCUUCCUUACAGUAGGAAAAAGCCCCCGUUGGGAUAUACUUCCACACUUGUUCCGGACGUAGGAGAUAUAUGCUCACUUCUCGUAGCAGCAUAUGUAUCUGCUACAGCCACUGCAGAAGACCAGAACAGGAUUUGUAUAAAUCCUGAUGAUAAGGUAGACCACAAGAGCACUGAGCUAUUGAGUGAGUCUGAGAGCGGUAAUGUAGAAGAAGAAAUACAAUCCUGUGGAAGAUUGAUCGAACUGAUAGAUGCUCAAUACAAUGGAGAGGAGGUCUAUGAAACAGAUCUAUACAUAGAGCAGGAAAGGGCAGUGCUAGCAACGUUUAGAGACUGUCUCCAGAAGUUCAUCAUAUCGAGACUGGAUUCAUAAAAGGUCAGGUUCCUUCAAGAAACAGAGAGCUGAGUCCGUAAUUAGCCAUGAAGCUGAGACAGAACAACAAUUUUAAACACGAACUAACAAAUUGA